UAAAUCUCAAAUAUCCAGACGUGAGCGCCAUCUGAGCCAGUUAAAACAGUCAGGCGAAAAGUUGCCGAGCUCCACUUCUUGUCUGAACGUCAGCCAGUGAAGACCGGGAGGGAACCAUCUAACACAAAAUGAGCGACCUCAGCAAAAACGACAUCGAAAGGGCUUCUUUCGCCUUCUCCAUCUACGACUUCGAUGGCAGCGGCAAAGUUGAUGCCAUCAACCUGGGUGACGUCUUGAGGGCGCUCAACUCAAACCCCACACUGGCUACGGUCGAGAAACUCGGCGGUACAAAGAAGAAGGGCGAGAAGAUGCUUACGGUUGAAGAGUUCCUUCCCAUCUACGCCCAGUGCAAGAAAGACAAAGACCAGGGCGUCUAUGAAGACUUCUUAGAAUGUCUUAAAUUGUACGACAAGAACGAGAACGGUUUAAUGCUUGGCGCUGAACUUACACACACACUCCUGGCUUUAGGUGAGAAGCUGAGUGAUGAUGAAGUAGCGGAAGUCGUAAAGGACUGCAUGGAUCCCGAAGACGACGACGGCAUGAUCCCAUAUGCGUCAUUCCUGAAAAAGGUGAUGGCGUAAAUGAAGUACCUGCCGUCAUAUCUUUAGUUAUAAGAUCCUUUCCUUAAAAAAAUGGUUGAAGGCUGGCCACCAAAGGGCACAGAGGCUGCGCCGGCGGCCGCAGAGGCGCCUGCGCAAGGCUAAUCACCACAACAUCAGCGUCAGCCCCCGCAACACCAACAAGCCAUUCAGGACUUUAAAACAUCUUGUACAAUAUCUUUAUGUACAUAUAUAAUAUUAAAUGCCAAAGAACUGUAAACGCGCAUUGUACGUUUUUAAAUUAACUAUUUAUUAAGUUUAUAAUUACAAAAAUAAAAAACAAAAACCAUAAUUUUUUAUAAUAAAACAUUAAAGCGUUCCAUCUUGUAUGAAUGUUCGUUCAUUUUGUUUAU